AUGCGACCUCCAGAUAACCUCCCUCACCGCCCUCGAGCCAAGGACCGGAGACAUGGUCUACUCCUGAAGGCGGUCACCGAACGCGUCGUCGAAGUGUACAGUACCUGCUCUGGAGAGUUCACCUACUCGCAGGGCUCGAACCCCAAACGCACGCUCACCUGGCCGUGCGAAGGUGUACAUAAUUCAGGACUUGACAAUGCGGAACAUAAUUACAUUUGCCAUGUUGGAGACAAAGUCGUCAACGACAGCCAGGAAUUUGGAAAGACUUACGAGAUUAUCGAGAAUCUGGGUCAGGGCAGCUUCGGCCAAGUGCUGAAGUGCCAAGUCGAUGGUUCUCCGCCAGUUGCGCUGAAAAUCAGCAAAAACAAGCCGGCCUAUUUCAACCAGGGCUGCAUCGAAGCCAAUGUCUUGAAGAGACUAAAUUGCUUCGACACGCAGCACAUCGUUCGAAUGCUGGAUUGUUUCGUUUUUCGGAAGCACCUCUGCAUUGCCUUCGAGCUGUUAAGCAUGAACCUCUUGGAGUUCCUGAAAUGGAACAAGUACCGCCGCGUGGCGAUGCCCACGAUCCAGACGGUCACGAAGCAGCUUCUGAAGGCUUUGCAGUGCUUGCGGGAUGCUGCGCUGAUACACUGUGAUCUCAAGCCUGAGAAUGUCAUGGUGUGCACUCUCGAUCCCAUCAGGAUCAAGCUGAUUGAUUUCGGUUCGGCGUGUGCAGAGUUUCACAUGAUGCACACCUAUAUCCAGUCGCGGUUCUAUCGGUCUCCCGAGGUGCUGUUGGGCCUGCCAUACUCAAGUGCCAUUGACCUGUGGAGCUUGGGCUGCAUCUGCGCGGAGCUGAACCUCGGGUUGCCGCUCUUCACAGGGCAGUGCGAGUAUGACCAGAUUCGCAGCAUCACCAAGCUGCUUGGCCUUCCGCCUGCAGAGAUGCUCAGCAUGGGCAGCAAGACGAAAAGGUACUUUCGCCGCGAGGAGUACGCAGGAUACACAGGUUGCAAGGACGACUUGAUCGACGUGCCCCUGACCCUGGGAGGGCUCAGUGGCUCUGUCGAUGUGGUCGAGGUUUCAGAGACGCUUUCCACGCAAACUACCGCCCCGAGUCACGAGAGCUCCGAGGAGACUUGUAGCACCCUUCCGCCGAGUUUGCCAGGUGGAGAAAGUGCUGGCCAGGACCAGGAGCCUUCCAGAAGAAGCCUUGCUGAGCGCAAGCGGAAAGUCCAUUAUUCCUGGAGACUGAAAACGGGUGAGGAGUACGAGAAGGACUCGAACAAGAAGGCAGUGUUCUCAAAGCGGAGCUGGCCCUUCACGUCCUUGGAAGAAGUCGUAGCUCAGGUAAGCGAGGAAAGCCGCUCUUGCUUUCUUCAGUUCUUGACGGGUCUCUUCCAGAUCAACCCCAAGUGCCGCUGGACAGCCAAGCAGGCGCUGCAGCACUCCUUUGUGAAUGAGGAGGUUCCCUUUGAUGUGGAUUACCAGCCGCCCCACGACGAUGUUGGACCUGUUUUGGGAUGGUCGCCUCUGAUGGGGCAUCCUGCCUCUGGCCUCUUGCGCCCUGCCUGUCCUGCGCCAAGCGUUCCCGGACAUGCAGCGUCCUCGAGCACCACAGGCACUCCAGCGUCGUCACCGCACGGCUCGGCAUCCUCGACGGUCAUGUCCAGUGCCGCGCACGGAACGUCGCUGCAGGGAUACGUGCAUGUCUCCUCGCCAUGGCAUCUAGCUUCGCCUAUGGAUGGAAGUGCCUCCGAAUGCAGAGCAUCUUCCCAGCCUUCGGGCUCUGAGUCUUGGGGUUUGGGCAGUGACACAUCAGGCUCUUGUCGUGGCCGCUCCACGAAGCUCUCCGAUUCCGACUCGGCCAGCGCCGUGGGAUCCCACCAUGGCUCCGGCCGCGAGGAGACGGGGCAGCGACGCCAGCGGAAAGAGCCGCGGUUCUGGAAGCAGAUGACCAUGGCCCGAGGCCGACUAGAAAGCGCAUGUGCGUGGAGCCCCAAGGGCGCUCCUUCCGGAGGCAGUUUCCGCGAGGCCGUGGGGAUGGGCGAAUCAGGCCCUGUGAUCGUGCCCGUGGGGCCGCAGAACUUCACGAAACCCUCUGGUGGCCCAGAGGAUGCCUUUCUGGUCCCGUCCGAGAUCUCCUGGAGGUCUCAUGGCAAGGUGCAUCGUGGAGAUUCCGGGAGGUUGCAGGAUCAUGGCCACGGAAGCCUCUUUGCUGUGCAGGGUGGACGAAGAACGCGAAAGCUACCAGAAGAGUUGCUGUGCCAGGCCCUGCUCAAGGAUGACAAGCUGGAUUUGAUUCGAAUCCUUGAGGGCACCGUGCAAGUCGUGCUGGCGGGCCCCACACUUCGAAUCUCCGUAUUUGCAAUCUGCAACAACCUUUGCAUGCCGGAGGCUUUAUGUUCCUUGGGUGUAGUGUUUCCUCAUGAGCGACGAAGUCAUGGUGGCAAGAGGGAGCAGCCGGCACUGCAUGUGUACGAGUACAAUAUCCCCAUAUUAAGCUGGGGAGAUGAUGGCACUUGCGAUCCCAGCAGCGCCCGCGACGAGGCUCCCACCAGGCGUAUUGACUCUGAAAAGUUCUUCUGGUACAGCGUAUCGCUCUGCAUCCUGCGCGAAACCAUUGCACGGAUGCUGAACAGUGUGCUGUCUUCGAAGUCUUUGCUGGAUUUCCUAGAUUGCCCAGGAGCUGAGCUGGAGCGUCCCGGAGCUCCCGGAGCUCCCGGAGCUGAGCCCGAGCGGCCUUCCUUCUGGAGUUGGCUGAGCGGUUUCGGCUCGGGCGCUACAGGACUCCCGAGCAUGGAGACGACCGUGAAAUGGAAAGCCGGAAGGAAGGGGGAGGCCAUCUGCGAGGCCCCUCUGCCGGCACCAAGAAGUGCUGUGCCCCUUCCUUGGGUCUGCAGCGAAGAUGUGACACCACACCUGGAAGAUGCCAUCCAAACCUUGGACAAAGAGGGCUGUCUUCUCAUCGAAAGUGCCGUGUCGGCACACGCCUGCCAAAGAUUGGCAGAAUUCGUUGACGGCGCCCUGGCAUCGGCACACCAGGAAGUGAACCAGGCCUCCGAUGCGAGGAUCAGAUCUGGGCUCAUGAAGAGGUACUUUCGCAAGCUGGUGCACGAAGGGAAGCAGGAUCGGAUCGAGUUGACACUGCCAUUGGUGUCGGAGGUCCGGGAAGUUCUUGAGCCGCUUUGUGCACUCGUGGCUCCCAUCCUUGAGCCUUUCCUCUCCCGGGAGGCUCCCUUGGUGGACCUGUCCUGCAUGAUCACGGAUGCAGACGCAGAGCAGCAGCCGCUGCAUGCUGACACGAAGAUCCUCGACAGCGCGCUCUUGCCACUCUUCACGGUGUUCGUGUCUCUGCAAGACAUAACCAGCGCCAUGGGCCCGACCUGGCUUUGCCCCCGUUCGCACACAGCGGAAAGUCACCUUCGCUUGAUGGCGCUGCGAGCAGCACUCCAGUCCAGCAAAUCCCGCGAAGCGGGAGAGAUCCUCCUGCAGCAGUUUGGAGCCAGUUCUGCAGAGUGUUCGACCGGCUCGGCCAUCAUCAUGAAUUCUCAGCUGCUACAUUGCGGCGGUGCCCAAGCCCCUGCAGAGCAAGGUGGACGACGGCGGCGCUUGCUUUACGUCACAUUCCACCGCCCGGGGAACACUCCGGCAGAGCAUUCGCUUCGAGACGAGCUUGUCGGUGAGUACAGACUGGCCGACUUCGACGGCGGAGCACCUCUGGCACAGGACAAAGAUGAGGUCUACCAGCGACUCUUUGUGGAGGCAAACAAGCGCGGUCUGCAGGCUAUGUUGGAUUUCGGUCUAUUUCUGCGAACCCGCGGGGACCGCGGUGCGGUCAAGUGGCUGAAGAGAGCCAAAGACAAGGGCCACCCCUUGGCAUCGAUGCACCUUGCAGAAAUUUACCUCAAGGGAGAGCUGGGCAUCUUCCAGGACCCGAUUCAGGGAGAACACUUUCGACAAGAAGGACUACGGCUGAUGCUCUUGGAACUCGGACCGUCGGACGUUGCCAGCUUCCUGCUCCUUGCGGCUCAAGCCGAGAGAGCCUCAACCUCAGCCCCCUGUUCUAAUUUAAAGAGUAUUGACGAGAUGGCCUCGGCGCCUCCUUCGGCGGAGGAAUUGGAGGCGAAGAAGGAGCUUCUUCACAGCGCCCCGCCGCCGGUGCCCAAGAGCGGCGUGGACCCACAAGUCCUGGCCAUCUACCAAGCGACCUUUGAUCGCGACUUCCCUGCCGGGGGCAUGGCUUUGGUCUGCCAGACUUUGGGCCUCGACACCGAGAAGUACCCGAAGUACUUGUCAUGCACCACGAGAGAAGAGUUUACAGAGAUGUCCUUGGGCGCUGUCUAA